AUGUUUAUUCGUGUCUCUACUGUUUUAGUCGCUCUCUUUGGCUUGAUGGCCCUCGUCAACGCCGGAGUGCCAGCUGUUCGCUCCAGUGCUCGCCUUGACGAGCGUAACAUUGUCGUGAGAGUGGCCCCAGAAGUGUCUCCAGAACCAGACCCAGGCAAGUCAGCAGUGGGUGGACGCGACGAGACUCCAGAACCGGACCCAGGCAAGUCAGCAGUGGGUGGACGUGACGAGUCUCCAGAACCAGACCCAGGCAAGUCAGCAGUGGGUGGACGCGACGAGACUCCAGAACCAGACCCAGGCAAGUCAGCAGUGGGUGGACGUGACGAGACUCCAGAACCGGACCCAGGCAAGUCAGCAGUGGGUGGACGUGACGAGUCUCCAGAACCAGACCCAGGCAAGUCAGCAGUGGGUGGACGCGACGAGACUCCAGAACCAGACCCAGGCAAGUCAGCAGUGGGUGGACGUGACGAGACUCCAGAACCAGACCCAGGCAAGUCAACAGUGGGUGGACGCGACGAGACUCCGGAACCAGACCCAGGCAAGUCAGCAGUGGGUGGGCGUCAUGCCAAACUCACCAACAAUGUACGCAGGGACUCUGAAUGUAAGACUUGUUUCGCGCGUCAACCCACGGUAGAUUGCACACAAGGCAACUACGAUGCGGAAUGCAACUUUUAUGCAGAAGAAGUUACAAGGAAUAUCAAGUGGAAUAGUGCUCGGAUAUAA